AAACUGAAACAUUUACGUGUAAAAAUGAGCUUGUUUAAGGUUAGCUGCCCGGCCAACUUAAUAUGGCAUCCGACCGUCCACCACAGUCUGCUGCUGUUGCGCGCCUUGAGGCAACCUCACACGUUGCUUCUUUCUGAGGUUGCAUCACCGGUAAUCAAUCCGUUAUCAUUCCCUUUGCUCUUCCAGCAAACAAUGCACAUCAACAUCUCCCGCGCUCGGGAAGAUGAAUCGCAGCUCGAUGGCAAGGCGUGCUGUUUUUAUCAACCCGAGCAUAUACUGAGCUUUGUUUUCUCAUCCGCCGAGGUGAAGGAAGGGGGUGAGAUGCGAGAUAAAGUUCGAGCAGAGCUUCCAACGUACUUGGAUACUGCGGUCGUUGCUUCGCACAUUCUGAAUGCCGUCGAUGCGGUGUUGGUAGCACUUUCCGCGAAUGCGAUGGAGACGACGCGGCAACUUCAUUCCGUUGUUAUGGAUCUGAUGGAGCAGUUAGAGGCUACGAUUGACGAUAACAACGCGAAGGAAGAGCAUGUGGGCGAGCAAGACGAACCACUCAGUACGUGGCCGCUGUACACGGCUUUGCAAUUCCUCAUCGAGCAGGGAGGGCUUUUGACGUCCGCCUUCCCACGUAUCCAUCAGGCAUACGAAUUUCUAAACCAAAAGAACACGUGCAUUCGACAACAUCGACGCUUUAUGGAGCGCACCAUUAAGGAAUUUCGAAUCAAUGGGGAAAAAAGUGAUUUGGAUAGCUUGGAAGAAACGUACCCUCAACGAGGCUUUCUGAUAGAGGUUCAGCGACGUCUUAAUGAUUAUACGACAAGCACGUCAGAGAGGAUGAGCAUGGAUGUGGUUGGAGAUAAAGGUGCGCUUCCGAGCCGAACGCAAGGUGGUCGUUUAGGGAUUCAGGCCGUUCCUGCACGGCUGCCAUGGACGAUGCAACGAACGAAUCUCACACAGCGAUAGGAAAUGCACACGCAAGGAUCUGAAGGAUUUCUUCUUUUGUGUUGUUACCUUGUUUUGUAUCGGAAGGAGGCAUAUAUCUUUCACUCGUGAUCACUCUAAAUGGCAGCAGAAUUAACGCUCAAAUCCGAAUUUUCAAAUUCACUCUUCUAUUGGCGUGAGGGAUUCAGGUUGAUCUCAGGGCAAUCUAUUUCGCUCCUCGUCAACUACGCGAUUAACCAAAUUGCACUCAUCCGCAACCCCAUUAGUCGCUGAUCCCUAGGCUAAA